CAGUUCAUGGCCAUGAUCCUACCAACCGUUCAUCUUCCUCUCUUCCUGUUGCUGGUGAUGGACAUGGGAGGCACCAUGCCCAGUGCCUGGGCACCUCCCCGAGGCUGCUAUGUGGCAGAGGAAGCCGGUGAGCGUACAUUCCGUUGCAGCCAGGCUGGCCUGGUUGCUGUGCCUCAAGGUAUCCCAAAUGACACCCGUAAACUCUACCUAGAUGCCAAUAGACUAGCAUCUGUGCCUGCUGGUGCCUUCCAGCAUCUUCCUGCCCUGGCUGAGCUAGACCUGUCAAAUAAUGUCCUCAUCCGCCUCUCAGAUGCUGCCUUCCAGGGUCUAGGAAACACCCUGAGAUACCUGGAUCUCUCUGCCAAUCAGCUGACAUCUGUGCCCGCUGAGGCCUUUAGGGAAUUACAGAUCCAAGUGAACCUGUCUGCCAAUCCAUGGCGCUGUGACUGUGCCCUUCAGGAGGUGCUGAGGUGGGUGAGGUUGGCACCAGGUACUGGGGCAGGCAUCAUCUGUGGACCAAGUGCCCGGCCAGAUCUGGUGGGACAGGAGUUUCUGUCACUGAUAAAGGAGGCAGAAAUGUGUGGGCCUGGGAGAGGUGGGGCACGGCGAGGCACAGAUGCUGCCCUGCUGGUCACCAUGGGAGGCUGGCUGGUCCUUGUGGUGGCCUAUCUUGUUCACUAUGUGCGGAGCAAUCAGGAAGAGGCCCGUCGCCCACCCAAACUGGCCCCUGCCUUGCCAGCCCGCUCUGAGGAUUCAUCCAUGCUCAGCACUGUUAUUUGA